AUUCUGAGGAGAAAUUAACAAUUCAAAUAAAUGAAGUAUUUAAUAAUAAAUCAUUUAAAAAUCGAAUAAAUGAAGUCUUUGAAAAUGAAUCAUUUAAAAAGCAAAUAGAUAAAACAAUAGCAAAUAAAACAAAUGAAAUAUUAAAAGAUCCUUUAGAUAAAAUUAAUAAAUUGAUUGAGCUUAACGAAAAAAAAAAAUUAGAAUAA